AUGUCGGUCGAGCAAAUCGAGACAGCUGGUUCUCCAGCCGCAACCACCAACAAGCACACCAAGACUCCAUCGAGGUCCAUCUCUCUCCGUGUCCUGCCCUCAAAGCUUCGUCCAAAAACAACCGAAGCCAGAUCGCGCGAUCCUGGGCAAGAGCGCUUUGGUUCGACACUAGCACCACCCAUACCCCAAUCGCCCAGAAUACGCAGAUCCUCAGCUCCAGAGGAAGGGGCUCAAACACCCGAAUGGCGUGCCAACCAAUUCACAUCACCUCUCGAGUCGGAUGCUGAAUUCGUGCGAAGAACGUACGCUCACUUUUCAAUAGCGGGCGUUCCAGAUGACGGGUUUUCUGAUGGCAAGGAGUAUACGCGAGAAAAGAGCGGUUUGCCUGCCUGGGAAGAGGAUGUGCUUUCACGGCCCGGCAGCACAGUUGUUGUCUCAACUGCGCCCACGUCGUCUGGUCAGCAUGCAGAAUCGAGCACCACUGCCGUCGUGAACGGUGUGAAUGGCCGUCCAGCGCAGUCACGACCCCAGCUCACUAGCAGUCGAAGUGCCAAAAGUGUCGUUUCGCAGCGCUCCGUGCAGCCGGUUCGCCACGACACCAACAGCAAUGGCGAUGCCCCAAACCCGCCGGUCUCAGUCUUCAACAGCGCAGAAACAGCUCUCUCCACCGGCACCUUUCUCUCCACUAACGAACGCCAGCGGCGUCAAGAAGUCGCCGAACAGAGACGUCAGGAGCUGCUUGCGCAUGUCGACCGGUAUGGAUUCUUCUCCGAGAGUCCCAGCAACGCGCACCAUAAGGCUACUUUGCUACCAUCGAGUCUGUUUUCCGCACCAUUUCCGAAGAAAGGCUCCAAGAAUAUCACAUCACAGCAAGCACCGCUCCCCUCUAGCUUGAUGGCAAAUAACACACCCUCAAACGGCAACGGCAACGGCAACGGCAGCAGCCAAAUCCACAAGAAAGCACCAGCUGUGCAUGAGGCUCGCGCCGCAGCCGACACUGCCCAUCGUCAGCGCGAGCAGGAACGCAUUGCAAAGUGGGCACGUAUGCUGACGGUAAAAGGUCGUGACAGCGGACACAAUGCUGUUCGAUUCGACUUCACCAACGGCUUCGACCGCAAGGUGCGGCGCAGAGUGUACAAGGGUAUCCCGGACAGCUGGCGCUCGGCCGCGUGGUCUGCGCUGCUGCACUAUCGUCAGCAGACCCCAGAAGGCCGACAGUCGUACACGCUCGCCAAACCUCAUCUGCAGACGGCUACUGCGUCAAUAACCGAGCCGGACGUAACAACAAGCUUCGAGCGGCUCCAAGCCACGCCCAGCACGUACGAUGUGCAGAUCGAUCUCGAUGUGCCGCGCACUAUCUCGGGCCACAUCCAGUUCCACACGCGGUACGGGCAGGGCCAGCGAGCGCUGUUUCACGUGCUGCAUGCCGUAUCGAUGCUGUGCGACCAGUGCGGGUACUGUCAGGGCAUGGGCCCGAUUGCUGCUACGCUGCUGUGCUAUUUCAGCCCGGAGCGAGCGUAUGCUGCGAUGGCGGGGAUGCACAAUGUCCUGAAUCUGCACUCGACGUUCUCACCGGGCUUUCCCGGGUUGGUGGAAAACCUGUACGUGCAGGAUCAGCUGCUGCGCAAAUACAUGCCCCAGAUGGCGGCGGUGCUGGACGAGCAGGGGGUGGUGGCGAGCGCAUAUGCGACCAAGUGGUUCAUCACGCUGUUUUCGAACUCGAUCCCGUUCGAGACGCAGCUGCGCGUGUGGGAUGCGUGGCUGCUGGACGGGCAGGAUGUGAUCAGUCUCGUCGCUGUGGCGAUCAUCUGGGCGCAUAGGGGGAUUGUUUUGCGAGAGAGGGCUGAUUUCGAGACCAUCCUCAGCGCGUUGAGUUGCUUCUUUGUGCCGGAGGACGAUGAUGCAUUACUGUUCUGGGUCAGGGAAGCGUUGGGGAGGAGGGAUGUGAGGGGCACGAUGGCCAGUGCGAGGCAGGAGUAUAGAAGAAAGGUCGAGGCAGGGGAGGCUAGCGCGCUGAUGUUGUAG